UGCGGGGAUCCCACGUCAUUUUCUGACCGUUUUAUUAGUAUGCUGUACUGCGAGCUAUGAGGAUCGGGCGGGGGACCCGCGGAAAAUCUGUGCCGGCGACCAGGACUAGCGGACUCCGCUGAGUGUGUGCGAGUGUGUGGACGUGCCACGCCCGUGGAUUUUUUCCCGUUCGGGAUCGUGUGUUUGGAUACCUUUUAUUCGGUGCACGCGACGGGUGUGCGACGGCAGCGGGGCUUUGUGCAGGUGCGGCGGCGAGGAGCGGAAAAGGGCUGCCGCCAUGGGGUGUACGAUGAGCGCAGAGGAAAGGGCCGCCAUUGAAAAAACCAAGCAAAUCGACAAGAAUCUAAAAGAGGACGGUUUGGUGGCCGCCAAGGAUAUCAAGCUUCUUCUGUUAGGAGCGGGCGAGUCGGGAAAGAGCACCAUCGUCAAACAGAUGAAGAUUAUCCACGAGGAUGGGUUCACCACGGAUGACAUGCAGCAGUUCAAGCCGGUGGUUUACAGCAACACCAUUCAGUCCCUCACGUCCAUUUUACGCGCCAUGGAGGUCCUGAAAGUGGAAUAUGGCGAGCCGGAAAGAGAGCAAGACGCCAAGAUGGUGUUUGAGGUAGUGCAGAGAAUGGAGGACACAGAACCCUUCUCUCCCGAGCUGCUGGCGGCCAUGAAGAGGCUGUGGACAGACAAGGGCGUGCAGGAAUGCUUCAGUAGGGCCAACGAAUAUCAGCUGAACGACAGCGCCAAAUAUUACCUCGACGACCUGGACCGGCUGGGCGCAGAUGAGUACGAACCUACGGAACAGGACAUCCUGCGGACGAGAGUCAAGACGACGGGCAUUGUAGAAACACAUUUCACCUUUAAAAAUCUAAAUUUCAGAUUAUUCGACGUUGGAGGCCAAAGGUCAGAGCGAAAGAAGUGGAUCCACUGUUUCGAGGACGUGACGGCCAUAAUUUUUGUAGCGGCCCUUAGCGGGUACGACCUAGUACUGCACGAGGACGAAACUACGAACCGAAUGCACGAGAGUCUGAAGCUGUUCGACUCCAUCUGUAACAACAAGUGGUUCACGGAGACGUCCAUCAUCCUCUUCCUCAACAAGAAGGACCUGUUCGAGGAGAAGAUCACCAGGUCGCCCCUGACCAUGGCCUUUCCAGAAUACACCGGGCCCAACACAUACACAGAAGCGGCUGCGUACGUCCAGGCACAGUUUGAGAGUAAAAACAAGAGUCCAAAUAAGGAGAUCUACACCCACAUGACAUGCGCAACGGACACCAGCAACAUCCAGUUCGUCUUCGACGCCGUCACUGACGUCAUCAUCGCCAACAACCUCAGAGGCUGCGGCUUGUACUAACGUCUGUGUGUCUACGUCAUCACUUCGUGCUUGUGACGUCAUCACUCCAUGCUCUCUAUGCAUCAGCACUGGUGCGCAUGUCCCAAAUGUCACGUGGUCUUGCACGUGCGAAGUACAGAUGUGAGUGUAAAAGUUGAAAACGAGCCUUUUUCUCCCGGUGCCGUUCAGUCAUUGAAACCUGCUGAGAAUCUAGAACUGUACGAAAAUUAGAAGAUAUGACAAUUGUGUACUAGUUUGAGAUGGCGCGUGGUUCUGUGGGAACUGCACAGGGGGGAGGGGGGUGGUCUCGUCUUCUGUCGUUGAAGUUGAUCAAACGUGUACGUACGUCACAGCGAGCGUGUGUUCUGUCAUUUCCGCCUCAUAUCUUCUCUUUAUAAGGAAAUUUAGAAGGUGAAAUGGAUAAAAAAAAUCAACACCUUAAUAUUUCUACAUCGUGCGGAAUCUUCAGAUAGAUAUGAGUACUUUUGUUAUUGAAUGUAAAAUGUUGACAAAAAUUGUCUCUCUUAGACGAUGGAGCUAGCUAUAUAGUGCCCGUUAUUCAGAACUUGGUAUGGGUGGUCUAGCGACGAAUUCGAAGCAUUUGUUUUUCUUAUGUCAGUAUGCUGCAAAACAUACCGAAAAGUUGUGUUUCCAACCACAUAGCAGUCUUCGGUCAGCGUUUUGAUAUUGACUACCUUUGCUUAUUGCAUACAGUCCCUAUCGUUUCUUGAUGUCUGGAAAUUCGAGAAAAAAAGACGGAAAUGCUAAAAUGCUAAACCAAAAACUGCUAUGAGGGUGUGAGUAGAUCUGCAGUUCCAAUAUUUUGUUAAUCUUAAGUGUUAUAUUGUAAGUUUGAUUCUUAACUUUUCCAUCUCUUGGUGAACGUACUUAUUUAAUAUCGUUAUCAACCACGCCGUUUUCUGGUGUGCAUACAUAUGAAGAUAUUGUGUGUGCCAUCUAUGUAACUGCUACAGAACUUGUUUAGGAACUGCACGGCUUGGGGUACGUCGUAUUGUGACUUGGCGGGGGUCUGAUACGGAUUCGAAAGACCAAGCCCAUGUUCAAAUAUCUGACUAUAAUCUAUUGGAAAUAGUAGUUCUUAGAAAUACUGGGUUUAGCCACAGCAAGACACACCGUACCUGGCGUGAUGCUCUUAACAUUGUCGUCAACAAUAGACGAACAACAAGAAUACUUGCAGUCCUCAACAAUUUGUUUCAACUCAGAGUCCCGUCAAGUCCUCUACAGCGUGCCUUCAACCUUAACUACGCCACUUAUCCAACCUUCAUCGUCUCCAAAGAAAAUUUUGUAACAUGAAACCAGUGUUAAUGAAGACUGGCUAUUGCCAUGAUCCAAGCUACUGUACCCUUAUGUUGCAUGAAUAUUAGUAUACUUAUUAUUGCAUGGACGUUUCCAGAGGAGAAAAAAAAAACUUAUUGCUAUAUGGUGUACGCUACUAUGUCGCCUGUAAAUACAGUACAUGUUCCGUAUGUAUAUUGUGGUGAAUCUGUGCGCGUGCACCAUGGAAGUUGUAGCUUGCCCGGUGGAGUUAUGACGUAAUGAUGACGUAGCCCGGUGGAGUUAUGACGUAAUGAUGACGUGCCUUGUUAAAAAUGCGAAAGAGGACACGGUAUGAUGUAGUCGAGGCCACACCAAUGGCAUGACUUGUUUGUCGUCCCAAUAAAUCCUUUAUAUGAUCUUCUUUCUCAGUAGGACCAGAAAAAGUGCACUAAGUCCGGCACAUAUGAGGAGAAAUUCAAAUGUUUAAAAAUAAUUCGAUCAAAGUUCGUUCGUCAAACAAGAACUGUUCUUGGUGCGGUCUCGUCACCAGGGCAUGCAUGAACAACCCCAAUCUCGUUCCCUGGAAUAUGAAAAACCCACUAAGGUUCCAA